CUUUUCUUCACCCGCAAGCUUCUUCUUACAUCACUCUUCACACCUUUUUUAUAAUAAAAAAACAAAUAAAUCAUGCAGUAUAAAGCCAGCAGCACAGCAGAAACCAACUUCCCUCAAACAAGUCCAAUGGCUGCAGGAACAGCUCCGAUCGCAGUAGGCACGCGAGGCACGGUUGGAUCGCUUGUCAGGAGGGAGAUCGAGUACUUCAGCAAGCUUGAGCUCGACCCGCAUGGAAGCUCAAGCUCAAUGAAGCCUCUGGGACAAAUACUCGGCUUCACUUCUGGCGAUAGCGGUGCUCAUUGUAGCAAGUCUAGUUUCCGGAUCUUGGUAAUGACAUGGAGGAGGAGGAAGAGGAGAGGCAGUAGCGGCAGCGGCAUCGGCAGAGGGUUCUUGGCAAGCAUGUGUUUUGCUGCUGAAGUUGCGGAAACCAAUCGGCAAAACUGGAUUCCUGGGUUUAAUUACAAGAUCCUCAAGGAUGACAUGAACAACUUGAGCAUUUGAUUUCAGGCAAAAUUCUCAAAAAGCACUUUUGACAAUGCUUCUUUUUUAUUUCUGUAUCAUUUUGUUACAGGACUGCAUACAUUCAAUGAAACUCAAGACCCUCUCUUGCCAGGGUCACUGUCCAUAGCUUUUCUUUCUUUCUUUUGCCGAUUCUUGUGUAAAUGAUCAUUUUGUUAGGAUUAUUCGGAGUGAGUUCCUUGGUUUGCACCCGA